UAAUAAUUUUGACCACUUUCAAGAGCCUGACAGGAGAGUGUGUGAGUGUAAUGUGGGAUUUAUGUUCUACUUUAAUGGUAUUAUUUCACCUUCAGAGAGGAAGGUCUUCAAGGAUAAGGACUCUCUUCUUCUUGGAUGAAUAGUUUAUCAGGGAAACAUGCCUAGUGUGGUAGUAUGUAACUUUAAAAGGUCUUUUUCCAAAAGCAGCUGUUGAUAAAGGGUGGUGUGUUAUAUGCAUGGUUAUAAUCAGGCCAGUAUUUACAGAUGCAAGUAAAGACAGACAGUAAAGGGCAGUGCUUUUGUAGUAAAAGUGGAAAUACAGCAUUAUUUAUCAUAAAGUAUCAGGUCUCUAUCAAAGAAACUAAAAAUAAUUAUGAAGGUUAGUAAAUUUUUAAACAAAAUUAGUAGAAUGACUCCUGAUUUCAUUGCAUUGUCUCGCUUCUGAAACCAAAUCUACACCCUUGCAUAAGAGUUUUCCUUCUUUUCCUUUUAAUAUCUUGGAACACCCACGUUGGGAACCACAGACCUCGGGCCCCCAAGAAUCCAGGACCGGCCCUGGCUGUGAGUUUUAUUUUCACAGCACUGAGCGACUCGUGUUCAGUCGCUCUGAAGGCAGCCUGGUAAACCAACACCUGUCUGCCACAUUCACCUUCCUCCUCUUCUUCCUCCUCCGUCUGCGAGGUGUUGUCCGGUUUUCUGGUAUGAAGAAUAAACACAACCAACAGGUAAAGAUAGUGGCUCCGAACCGACUCGACAUGUCGAGCUUCGACGUUUCUCUCCAGCAGCUCAAUGAUCUGUUGACGGACGAGAGCGGCUUCUACAGCUGGCCGACCAAACACUUCCAUGAGGUUUACCCGCGGAUCUACGUCGGCAAUGCAUUUGUGGCGACAAAUGUGAUGCGUCUGAAGCGUCUGGGCAUCACUCACAUCCUGAACGCCGCGGAGGGGAACUCCUUCAUGCACGUCAACACCAAUGCUGAGUUCUACGCUGGCACAGGCAUCAUCUACCACGGCGUGCCAGCCAGUGAUACCGACCACUACGACAUCAGCGUUUUCUUUGAAGAGGCAGCAGACUUCAUCGAGAAAGCGCUGGCGUACAAAAAUGGAAAAGGUAAAGUGUACGUUCAUUGCAGGGAAGGCUACAGCCGCUCGCCUUCAUUAGUCAUCGCCUACCUGAUGCUUCGCCAGAACUUGGACGUCCACACCGCUCUGGCCAUGGUGCGGCAGAAACGAGAGAUCGGACCCAACGACGGCUUCCUCCGGCAGCUCUGCCGGCUAAACCAGAGGCUGGCUGCUGAGGGGAGGUUCUGGAACAAAUGAGGCAGACAAGAGAGAAGUUACACUGUCUGUAAGAGGAGAAAUCUCCUCUUAGAGAGCAAAAGUAUGCUUAACUGCACGUCACUCUCUUUCACUUGUUCUACAGCUUUAACAAGCCACAGAUCUGUGAGGGAAGGUUCUGGAAGUGAGGAGAGGAGGAAAUGAAAGAGUUUAAACUUUAUGUUUUCUCUUAGACUAAGGCUGACAGCACUGAGUGUAUGUAUACUACAAAAUUAUACAUCUUACAUCUUUGACACAUAUACACAGUAUUUUAAUCUUUGUGUUCAGGCUAACAAACGUCCACAAGAUAAUUCAAUGUAAUGUGUAAAAGUCCAGGUACACUGUAUUCACUGAGUGUGUUUACAUGCACUCACUUAUAUUCUGACAUUUAUCUUACAGUAGUUCAGCUCUAAGUGACAUUGAAUAAUGAGUGACCAUAUUGUUCUUAUCCUGUAUAGUGUUGUGUGUUGUCCUGCUGCCCACUAGUCCAGAGAACAAUAUUCAAGUAAUAUACAUUACAAUAUACUCAUUGUGGGAAGUGGUGAAGAAAUAGAUAGUGUAACUGAUGUGAUACUGUCACCGCCUUUAUUCAUCCAGCCUUCUCUCCAUCUCUCUUCCUCCCUCCUGGCAUCAUGCCCUUUGUCUCCUGCAAACACUGCCAAAUCUCUCAGUCCCAGCCGCUCCCAAAGGGGAUUUCUAGUGGACACUGUGAUUUUUCCUAUUUAGUCAAAUUUUCAGGAUGUUAUUUUUUUAAGAGAUGAUAUUCAGAGGAUGAUAUAAAAAUAUUUUCAGUGUAACAUCCCCCAGUAUGUUCUAGAAAACGGCACAAUCUUUGAUCUGUAUUGCACUCACAUCUAGAAUCCUGCCUCAGAGGUAUUUCUCAGUCAAAAAUGUGUCUUGCUGUUACGGUGCUUUAUAGGAAGUAAUUAUAUUUUUCAAAGUGAAAUUAAGCCGGUCUGAUAUUAUAGGAACAGCAAAGGGAACUGGGAAUAGUUCAACAUUUUGAGUAAUUUAUAAGCUUAUUUGCUUUCCUGCUGAUGGUUAGAUGAGACUGACACCGCUCUCAUGUUUGUAUGCUAAAUGUGAAGCUAUCGCUUAGGUUAGCAUAAAGACUGUAAACUGGGAAACAGCUAGCCUGGCUCUGUCCAAAGGUAAAAAAAUAUGCACCUAUCAGCAGCUAUAAUACUCACAAAUGAAGUUGUUAUAUCUGGGCAUAGUAACUUCUGUAACCUCUUGUAAAACCACAAAGUGUAAUUUUUAAGCUUCAGUUUUUGUACAGUUUUAUGUCAAGCUUUAGUGUAUAGAUGUGUCAGUGGUAUCAAUCUUACCAUCAAACUAUCUGCAAGAAAUGUAAUAUUUCCCAAGAUGAAGGACCAUUCCUUUAUUGUUGACCUUAGGAGAUCUUAGGAGAGUCUCACUUUCUAACACUUAGCAACUCUUGACAACAUAAAGAUUGUUGUGCAAAUGCAACAUUUGUAUGGACCUCUUCUCAUUCUGUACACGUCCUGUCAGGCUGCUGAGGAUCACCUGUGACUUUAUGCUAGUGAGUGAAUCACUUAAGUCUCUGAUUGUAAUUGAAACACUGCCAGAAUGUGACGUAUACUUGCCUGUAACUACUCAGUCGACACCUUUUGCACAUUAGUGUUUUUACAUUCGUGUCUGUCUUUUUGUCAGAGUAAAUGCAGUUUUAUAUUGUACAGCAGCAUGUAUUGUAAUGCCAAAGUGUUUAUAUUCCUUUGUUAGCACAGCUAUGUAUCUGUGUAUAUUUAUUGAGUCACAGUGUGCAUUAUUGAGUGUGCGUUAUUCGUCACAAUGUGCUUUAUUGAACCUGUGAAUCAUCAUGUGCAUUACUGAGUAGGAUGUGAUGUAACUGGUCAUGUCAGUUGGCUUUCAUAGGGUCUCACAGAUUAUGACACUGCUCAUAUGAAGUGCACUUUAUCUAAUGACACCGGUGAUUGUUGUUGCUCUCUUUUCAUACAUUCAGUAAUAAACUGUCAAAACAACA